CUCCCGCAAGUGACUUUGUACUAUUCCUUGCCCGUCCUUUUCCCCUUCUCUCCUCUCCCUCCCGGUCCUCGCUCCACCGGAGCCGGGUGAGUCGACGAUGAACCGGACUUCGCGUACCGACGAGCCGGACGAGGGCGACGGGUACAACCAGAGCCCUAACGCCUUCUCCAACGACCUCGUCACAAACCAGGACCUCAACGGCAUCGCCAAUGCCCGCGAGCACAGGAGCAGCGCUACGAGGAGUAUAGACAACUCGGGACAGCCUAUGGCCGAGGACACGCUCUCCGCUGCUGCCGACGACGACCCCGGCCAGCGCUCACCGACACCCCGUCUAACCAAUCCAUGUCGUACCAUUGGUCAGACCCCCGGCAGCCUAUCGCCUGCCCCGGUGCACGAGAGCUCUGACGCUGCGCCCGCGUCUCGUCAGAGCCCCCUCGGCCGGCUUAAGUAUACUGUCAUCAACUUUGGCAAGUUUGUCGGACCCGGCUUUCUCGUCGCCGUGGCAUACAUCGACCCCGGUAACUAUGCCACCGACAUCAGCGCGGGCGCUGAGAACCAAUUCCGACUGCUCUUCAUUGUUCUGAUGAGUAACCUGUUCGCCAUAUUUCUCCAGUGCCUCUCUAUCAAGCUGGGUACCGUUACCGGCAUGAACCUGGCCGAAGCCUGUCGCGCAUUCCUGCCCAGAUGGCUUAACUACUUUUUGUACUUCAUGGCUGAAGUAGCCAUUAUUGCGACCGACAUAGCAGAGGUGAUCGGCACCGCUAUUGGGUUGAAUCUACUUUUCCCUCGUCUUCCUCUCGUCGCUGGCUGCGCAAUAUCGAUCCUCGACGUAAUUAUUAUCCUGUUCUUCUACCGACCCAACGGUUCGAUGAGAGGGCUCCGAGCCUUCGAGUUCUUCGUCAUGCUCCUCGUCAUGGCUGUUGUCGUCUGCUUCUGCAUCCAGCUCUCGCUCAUAGAAGACACAACCGCUGGCGAAGUAUUCCUAGGCUAUGUGCCGAACAAUUCUAUCGCACAGUCCUCGGGUCUCUUCCAGGCCUGCGGAAUUCUAGGUGCCACGGUGAUGCCUCAUUCUCUCUUUCUGGGCUCUGGUAUAGUGCAGACUCGCCUUAAAGACUAUGAUACCAAGCACGGCUUACUUCCGACCGAGUUGGUAUCCAUCGGCGACAGCGCCAUGGAUGACAAGACGGGAGAGAAGACUUACUACGUGCCCAGUCUCUCGGCGAUUAAGCAUUCCCUCAAGUACUCAUAUUCCGAGGUGGCGUUCUCGCUCUUCUCGUUUGCCCUCUUCGUGAACAGUGCCAUAUUAGUUGUGGCCGGAGCGAGUCUUUACAACAACCCCGACGCCCUCGAAGCCGAUAUCUUCGGGAUCCACGACCUGCUCGCAGAGAGUAUUAGCCCUGCUGCCGGAACGAUCUUUGCGCUGGCGCUGUUGUUUUCGGGCAUUUCCGCGGGGAUAGUAUGCACGAUAUCAGGCCAGAUGAUCUGCGAAGGCGCACUGAAGUGGAAGAUGAAGCCGUGGGUCCGACGCCUUGUCACUCGGUCGAUCUCCAUCACGCCUAGCAUCAUAAUCGCUGGUGCCGCGGGGAGUCAGAAGCUCAAUGCCGCGCUCAAUGGAAGCCAAGUCGCGCUGAGUGUCGUCCUGCCAUUCGUCGCAAGCCCCCUUAUCUGGUUUACCUGCUUCAAUAAAUACAUGACCGCCCAACCGGGCCGAGCUAGGUACCGAACUGAGGGCAGAGAUACCUUCACCUUCAACAAGGCGGCCCUCAACACUCACGAGAACGACAGAGAACUCCAACCCGCCAAUGGAGGCGAUCUGGUUAAAAUGGCCAAUCCUUGGUGGGUUUCCGUCCUGGCGGGCAUCAUCUGGCUCAUCAUCGUGAUCAUAAACGUGGCAAACCUAGUAUUGCUGGGUCUCGGAGACGCUUGAUUGCCGGGUGUACCAGCCGCCAUCUGCCCAACGUCACGCACUGCGUAAAUCGCCAGUCGUUGGCUAACUUUGCUGAGACGUGCGCGGAAGCUAGGCCAAGGGCAUUUGUGUUUGAUUGAGGGUGUUCUCGGCACCAGCUCGCCUGGCAACGACCCCAGUUACUUGUGUUCUCUUCUCUGGGGAAAGAGGGUGGAGGAGGAACGGUGGACGGGGGGGAGGGUCUUUUCUUAGGAUUUUAAUAUGUGUCGCGUGAGAAAUC